UGUAUCCUCAUUCAAAAGUCAUGUAAGAACCUCACUGGCUUACGGAAUGUUGAUGUUAUUUAAAAAAAUUCAUACAAAAAUAUGACCUCAUUCAAAAAUGUCAUGUGACAACCUCAUGGCUUAUGGAAUUCUGAUGUCACGGGCUUCUAAAGCUUUGAUCCUUUGAAGCUUUGAUCCUCAAAAUCCUUAAAUAGGGGUGAGGAUGUACAACUUUUAGUCCGUUACUUGCAGCACUUAUGUCAGCAGCGUUCAAACGUUCACCAGUAAAGCAUUUCGAAACCUUUGGAUCCUUUUCGUAGUCACGGUAUACAGACUCCAACAUGUCUCCGAAAAAGCAAGAAAGACAAGAAGCUGACCCCAGCUCUAUUCCAUGGUAUGAGUCCCUAGACCCUUAUAUGAGCUCUCUACCUUGGGAUGAACAGGUAGAAUUAGAGGAACAGCGAUUGGAAGAAAUGCAGAAUGAAAAUCUCAUGAACAGAGAGAAGAUUAAGAUCCUGACGGAAGAAAAUGAGAGAAAGAGCGCUGAAUUAGAAAAAUUAUCCUACCAGCUUCAAGAAAAAGAAGGUAUUGAGGAGAAACAAUGGGCUCUCCAAGAUAAGAAGAAUCAGGUGCUCCAAGAAAAGAUGGAUGAAGCUCUGGAAAAAAUUAAAGAUCUGCUCCAAAAGGAGAAAAAAGAGAGCAUAAAACAGGAAUCCAUGGUCAGGAAGAAUCAGGAGCUCCAAGAAGAGCUUGAUGAAGCUCUGGAGAAACUUAGAGAAAUCCACCAAGAAGAGAAACAACAGGCCGAGCAGAGAGACAUGCAGCGCAAACUCCAAGCCAUGGAGGAAAAAUACAAAGCGCUGCAGGUAAAGCAUGACAAAACUCUGCACAAAAAUCAACAGUUGCUUCAAGACAAGAAGCAAAUGGAAAUGAAACAGAAGGAAAUGGACUCCAAGCAUGACGAGAUGGAGGAAAAACACAGACUGCUCCAAAUCAAGCUUGAGAAAACAGUGCACAGAAAUAAAGAGUUCAUUGAAGAGAGAGAGCAACAAGAAAUCCUCGAGAAAGAAACGGACUCCAAGUUUGAAGUCUUGGAAGAAAAACUGAAAAUGCUGCAAAUAACUCUUGAGGAAACACUGCUCAAAAAUACAGAGAUGCUUCACGAGAAUGACCAACAAAAAAUACAAAAGGAAGAAAUGGAUUGCAAGCUGAGGAACAUCGAGAAACAAAAUGAAGGCUUGCAAGUUAUGCUUGAUGAAGCUCUGGAGAGAAAUAAAGAGAUUCUCCAAGACAAGAAACAAGAGCCCGAAGAGCAGAGAGACCUGCAGAGCAAACUCCAAGCCAUGGAGGAAAAAUGCAAAGCUCUGCAGGUGAAACAUGAUAAAACUCUGCACAAAAAUCAACAGUUGCUUCAAGACAAGAAGCAAAUGGAAAUGAAGCAGAAGGAAAUGGACUCCAAGCUUGACGAGAUGGAGGAAAAACACAGACUGCUCCAAAUCAAGCUUGAGAAAACAGUGCACAGAAAUAAAGAGUUCAUUGAAGAGAGAGAGCAACAAGAAAUCCUCGAGAAAGAAACGGACUCCAAGUUUGAAGUCUUGGAAGAAAAACUGAAAAUGCUGCAAGUAACUCUUGAGGAAACACUGCUCAAAAAUACAGAGAUGCUUCACGAGAAUGACCAACAAAAAAUACAAAAGGAAGAAAUGGAUUGCAGGCUGAGGAACAUCGAGAAACAAAAUAGAGGCUUGCAAGUAAUGCUUUAUGAAGCUCUGGAAAGGAAUAAAAAGUUCCUUUACGAGAAAGACCAAUGGAAAAUACAUCAGCAAGAAAUGGAUUGCAAGCUGAGGCACAUCGAGAAACAAAAUAGAGGCUUGCAAGUAAUGCUUGAUGAAGCUCUGGAAAGAAAUAAAGAGUUGCUUCACGACAAAGACCAACAGAAAAUACAUCAGCAAGAAAUGGAGUGCAAGCUGAGGAACAUCGAGAAACAAAAUGAAGGCUUGCAAGUUAUGCUUGAUGAAGCUCUGGAGAGAAAUAAAGAGAUUCUCCAAGACAAGAAACAAGAGCCCGAAGAGCAGAGAGACCUGCAGAGCAAACUCCAAGCCAUGGAGGAAAAAUGCAAAGCUCUGCAGGUGAAACAUGAUAAAACUCUGCACAAAAAUCGACAGUUGCUUCAAGACAAGAAGCAAAUGGAAAUGAAGCAGAAGGAAAUGGACUCCAAGCUUGACGAGAUGGAGGAAAAACACAGACUGCUCCAAAUCAAGCUCGAUAAAAAAGUGCACAGAAAUAAGGAGUUCAUUGAAGAGAGAGAGCAACAAGAAAUGCUCGAGAAAGAAACGGACCGCAAGUUAGAAGUCUUGGAGGAAAAAUGCAAAAUGCUCCAAAUAACUCUUGAGGAAACACUGCUCAAAAAUACAGAGCUGCUUCAAGAAAAAGACCAACAGAAAAUACAACAGGAAGAAGAAAAUUUUAUUCUCCUGAAGAAAAAUCUAACACUCCAAGAAUUGUAUGACGAAACGAGGUACAAAACAUCUGUACUGGAAGGAGAAAAGAAAAAAAUGGAAAAACAAUGCUCAGCGAUGCAGAGUAGCAUCAAUGAAAUGCUGAGAAAAAAUACCGAACUUGAAGAACUUUCUAAGACCUUGAAGUCCAAAAACACUGAAAUCCAGGCGCAAAAGCAAGAACAACAGAAAACACAUAAAGACCUGCAGUGUAGACUUCAAGAAAUCCAGAAGAGAAACCAGCAGCUGGAAGACAUGCACACAGAUAUGCACAAGGCAAAGCGAAUAGAGGAGGCAACAGUUAAAGAACUGCAAGACAAGCUUAAAGAAAAACAAGAACAAUUAGAAGACAUGGUGAAAAGAUGCAGCAAACUUGAGAAAGAAAACACAGAAACAAUGGAUGAGCUGAAAACCCUCAUCCUUGAGAAAAAAGUGCUCGUGGAACAUUGUCUAAAAAAGAAGAAAAAACGUUUCCACUGGUUCUGGAGAAGGGACACUGCUGCUUCUCACCUGAUGUAACCAUGUCUUCCUCCGCCUCUAUUCCAGCUUAAUUUUCCCCCUUCCCCUUCCCCUCCCUCCUUUUUCUUUUUUCACCCUC